UUUAAACGCAUGUGGAACUUUAUAUGAUUUUUAUGCCACAAAGAAAUCAAAGAGUAAAGCCGUGGAGAUGAUCUUAGCGUUUUCGUUACUACGCAACUGGCCUAGAUUGUUUCAACCAGACUACAGGUCAAGGCCACCUAUAGAUAGGCUUAAAGGCUUGGACGGUAUAAGAGCUAUACUUAUGAUACUUCUUGUGACAGGACAUUCAUUUAUUCCUUACGCAAUGGCCAUAUCUAAUCCACAUUUUGUUGAACAGGUAUAUUACUUUCUUCCAUACCACGUGUUUAUAAACGGUGCAGUUAUAGUACAGGCCUUCUUUCUGAUGUCAGGAAUUCUUUUAAGCUAUAGCUUACAAAAAACAGCAGACAAGAAAACAAUCAACUGGACAAUGUUAAUCAGCAAUAUUUGGACUAGAUGGUUGAGAUUGACACCUUCCUUCGCUGUUAUUCUUGCAUUUACUUCGACGUUAUUACGUUUCAUAUCAUCGGGUCCUUUAGUACAGUUGCUAGAAGUAACAGAAAUAGAGGAUUGUCGUAGCUCUUGGAUGUGGAAUUUUUUCUAUUUACGAAACUACAAAUAUGAUUCUCAAUGCAUGAAUCAAACGUGGUAUUUAGCUGCCGACUUGCACUUGUACGCUAUAGGUAUGAUGAUAUUCGUGUUAAUAAGAAACACAAAUUGGAGGAAUUUGGUAUUGGCGAUAUUGUUCAUUAUUGGAGUUGCUUUGACAGGACUGGUGACAUACUUUUAUGAUUUAACAUUUUUGAUGGCGGUCUCACCGCGGUCGUUAAUGCGACUUUUUAUAGAAGACCCAGCUUACAAUUACCUAUACACGCCAAGUCACACCAAUAUUCCUUCUUUCGUUAUGGGAUUGGCGCUUGGCAUUCUUAUCUAUAAUUUGCAGAAAAGAGAAUUCAACCUGGAAAUAUAUAAGUUAUUAUGA